AUGGCCUUCAAAAACGGGCUGAGUGAACGCCUCGACGAGCUUCGUUUCCCCUCCCCUCGAUCGCCACCCUCCGAGUCGGCCUUUCCAGGCUAUACUUCCCUCUCGCCGGGCCAUUCGAAUUUUGGAUCGGGCUUCUCGCGGCCCUCGAGCGAUGUGCGAGCCAAUCUGCAACGGCGAUUCACCACCGACUCGAGCAAGUUCUCUUCGUCAUGGAACUAUCUCAACCAGGGGUCCACCCCAAUGCUGGACCCUCUCGACCUGCUGUCUUCAUUUGAGAAAAAACGUCAGCAUAUCGAGUAUAUGCGAGAGCAGAAACGACGUUUUGAAGAAGACAUGAAAUUGCUUGACAUGCAGCACGAGAAAGAAAAGAUCGAGAUGGAUCAACUUGCUCGUGACCUCGCCAAGGCUGGACUGUCGGGACCCGUCAGUGAACCGACCACUCCUCCUGAGCACCACGAGCCGGUCUCCAGUUCCAUAUCUCGUCCAGGCAGAUUCUCCACCUCGAGCGUCACUUCGUCCCCGGGAUUCUUUUCAGCCUUCGCCCCUUCUUCGCAACUCACCUCACCCCAGGCACCGACCCACACGGCCCAUCAACAGCCUGUUGAUCGCUUCGCGGGUCACUCUCUUCCCGGCUCCCGUCGCAACUCGGAGAAGGAGGACUUUAUCAUGGAGAGUGCCCCGUUCCGCCCAGGUCCCUCGCUCCACCGAUACUCGCUGCCUUCAAGCAACUUCAAUAGUUCGUAUCGGCCUAAUUCGAGUGCAUAUAAUACGACAUCUGGCGUCGAUUCUUUUGCCGCCACAAAGCAUCUUUUCUCAUCUGACGAACCGAAAGCAAUCUUAAAAGACGAAGACCGCCUCUCCACCCCAGACAUCAAGGGGUACAUCAGGAUGACGGAGCCCGACGACAAAUUCCCAACUUUAUCUCGUCGAGAUGGUUCCAAUAUACUCUCGGCAAACCCUGAUGCUCUUGAUCUCGCCAACUCCCGAAAUCCCGGCUAUGCUGUCCACAGUCGUUACCGGAAUAGUCAUCAGAGCAUGCCGCAGAACCUACCAAAUGCGAUGCGACUUGAUCAUUUGAGCAGUCCGACAAGUGAAGACCGUGGCAACUCGACUUCUCACUCCCGCCACUUUGCACGUCACUCACUUGAGGGAGGUCUCAAGUUUUCCAACGACCGUCCAUCAGAUUCUGUGACCCCUGCUCCUGCCAGCCGACCUACCUCACUUCAAUCAUCGUACUCGACCAACGACUUGCCCACUGUCAAGGGCAACGGCUUUGAUGCAGCCAUCACCCCUCCGAAGACAAAUGCUGAGCACCUUCACCAGCACAAUGCCAGCAUGGGUCGUAUCCCAACCGGAGCUGUCAACACCCGCUCUGCUAAGGAGUCCCCGGAGUCCGAUGUAAUCAAGAGCAGCCAGGCCGCUCAGACGAUGCUUCAAGCUAGUGCCGCACCCUUUGGCCCUCAGCUCACCUCAGCCGCAUCCAACAAUGGCUUGACUGGCACUGUUGCAGCUCCCACUGUGCCAUUUCCUGCUAUGUAUGGAUAUGGCAUUCAGUCGUUCGUCGGGCAGGCAAACCAGACUCCCCAGGCAACAUCUGCCAUCCCCAGUUUCACCCCUCAGGCUGCAUAUGCCGGCUACCCUGUAUUCGCGAAUACUGGCUACCGUUACAAUGAGACUGUGAACCGUGCUGCAGUUGGUCAACGUCGUCAGACAGAGAGCGAUGCAACUCUGACAACCAGGUUCGGCAACUAUCCAAUCGAACACUACAAGGGAGAGCUGUAUAGUCUCUGCAAGGACCAGCAUGGCUGCCGGUACCUGCAGCGCAAGCUGGAGGAGCGCAAUCCGGAGCACGUGCAACUGAUCUUCAGCGAAACUUACAUGCAUGUGAUUGAGUUGAUGACUGACCCAUUUGGCAACUAUCUUUGCCAGAAGCUCCUUGAGUAUUCCAACGAUGAGCAACGUACUGCUUUGAUCAACAAUGCUGCCCCCCAACUCGUCAAGAUCGCGCUCAACCAGCACGGCACUCGCGCGUUACAGAAGAUGAUCGAGUUUAUUUCGACUCCUGAACAGACUCAGACUGUCAUCCAUGCUCUGCAGAAUCAUGUUGUGGAGCUAGUCCAGGAUCUCAAUGGCAACCACGUUAUUCAGAAAUGCCUGAACCGUCUUGGCGCUGAUGAGGCUGAAUUCAUCUACGAGGCCGUUGGUGCCAAUUGUGUCGUUGUUGGCACCCACCGUCAUGGUUGCUGCGUCCUGCAACGCUGCAUUGACCACGCCUCUGGGAACCAAAAGGCUCGACUGAUUCAGCAGAUCACGUCCAACUCCUUCGCACUUGUCCAGGAUCCUUUUGGAAACUAUGUUGUGCAGUACAUUCUGGAUCUCGCUGAGCCACGUUUCACCAACCCGCUCUGCCAGACCUUUGCCGGCAAUGUUCCUUCCCUGUCAAAGCAGAAGUUUAGCUCAAAUGUGAUCGAGAAAUGUCUGCGCACCGCUGAUGGGUUUGCUCGACGUGAGCUCAUUGAUGAGAUACUGUCAGGCAACGAGCUGGAGAAGAUGUUACGGGAUUCAUUUGCCAACUAUGUUGUGCAAACUGCCAUGGACUUUGCCGACCAGGAAACCCGCCAACGGAUCGUGGAUGCCAUUCGGCCCAUCCUCCCAUCCAUUCGCCAGACCCCCCAUGGCCGUCGUAUCGCUGGAAAGAUGAUGGCCUCGGAGAACUCUGGUCGAUCCAGCACACAGAGCAGUGGCCAGGUCACUCCCAACGAAGUGAGCACUGGGCAGAUCCCGAAGCAGCUGAUGGGAAAACCGUUUCCUUUUCCACCCGGGUCGUCUAUGCAUACUCCAAGCGGAUCCAACACUAGCUUUGGAUCCCACGGCUUCGCAGGCCAAAACGGAUCACCUCCAAGUGGUGCAGCCAGUGAGGCUCCAGCAAUUUUCAGCCCACCGAUGAAUGCUGCAAACAACAACAACCUCGGCGCACAGAACCCCCUGUAUGCCUACUUUUAA